CUUUAUCCCAGCUCCACGUCCACGGAUAUUGUCAUCUCGCCCCGUCCGCUGCAUGUCUGACCCCAGUGUCCGCUGACCUGUAACCCGCCUCCCAGCACGUCCUCGGGUCCGCUCUUGGUGUUUUAUUAUUCGACUCGCUGCGCCCUGACCUUGAUUCUAGCAACGUCCAAACUCCGCUAGGAAGAAGAGAAAAAGAAAAGGAAAAGAAGAAAAAUGUCCACCCCAGAAGCUGGGCCGUCAGAGGGGAAGGAGGAGAGGAGAAGGAGCCUGGGAAAGUACAUGAAGCGGAUGAGCAGCGUCUUCAAGCGAGACAAGUCGGCCAGGACCAACCCGUCCUCUUCUUCCGCCGCACCUUCCACUCCUGCCCCCGCCGCAGAAACAGACCCCGCCAAGCAGGAGCAACCCAAGAAAGAGAAAGAGGAAGGCACCGCUGCUGCUCCCGUGACCGCCCCUACCACCACCACUUCUACUGAACCUGCUGCUACUGCUGCCACCACCUCUCCUCCCCCUCUUCCCGCUUCGACCACUCCCGCCGCAGCACCCGUCACCCGCCAGCUCAACCGCGCCGCCCUCCAGCAGGAACGGGCCCGCGCCCUCUUCGCCAAAUAUGGCCUCACCCUCGAGUCCCACGAAUGGAUCUCCGCCUCUGCCGAGCCCAUCAUGGUCCAGCGCGUCGAGCGCCCCAUCCGCAUGCGCGUCCACCGCUUCUGCCACCACUGCGGCACCACCUUCGGCGCCGACAAGGUCUGCCACAACUGCGAGCAUCGCCGCUGCAAGAAGUGCCCUCGCUACCCGAAGCGUAAGACCCCCGAGGACAAGGGCAAGCAGAAGGAGGACCAGCCGGCCGUCGAAGAUGCCACCAAGAGGAAGCAGAAGAAGAAGCACCUCUUGACCAUGACCACCAAGGCCGGAGACGAGCGCGUCCUGCGCCCCGUCAAGCAGCGCGUCCGCCGCCAGUGCCACAAGUGCCAGACGUACUUCAUCCCUCCGAGUGCCACCGUCUGCGAGCAGUGCCGCCACGUCCGCUGCACCAAGUGCCCUCGGGAACCCGCCAAGCUGACCAAGUGGCCGCACGGCUAUCCGGGUGACGCUCCCGCCGAGAGCGACACCGAGGUCGAGCGCACCAUCCAGGUCCGCCGUGUGUGGAGGAAGCCGCGGAUGAGGGUCCACUGGCAGUGCGAGCAGUGCCAGAGCCACUUCUUCCCGGGCACUGCCCUCUGUCCCGGCUGCGGCCACGAGCGCUGCGACAAGUGUACCCGCAAACCGGCCAAGAAGGUGAAGAGGGAACAGCAGUUCGACCCGGACAUCGUGCGCGCCGUCGAGGAGAAGUUGCGCGCCCUCGCCGUCGACGAUGAUCACGUCACGUCCGGUGCCGAAACCGCCUAGAUCUAAUAUCCAUCCAUGCAUUGCAUUGCAUCUACGUAGUAGUUGGUAGUUUACGACCCGAGACGACGAAUUCAACGACGCACUUUGUUUGUUUGUUUGGCAAGCAU